UGGUGCUCGGAUACGAACUACGAGAUGGUGAACUUAGUCAAUGCCGCAGGCGAACGUUUCCCGAGAGACAAGCUACUCCUCUGCGAUGGCCACCUGACUUCAGGCCUGCGCCAAGACACUAAACACAUCGCAUUUCGGAAUGCUUUCCCUUACGACCAACGCUGGACGAGGCCACGCGCUCAUCGUCCAAUCCUUGCGCGUCCUUAGCGCUCCUUAUCUGCAAGAAAUGCAGCUCUCUGCCCUCGGCCUUACGCACGCACCUGCUCCAUACAUCGUCGACAACAUAUCCUCCCGCAUUGCCGCCUCCGCGCUGUGUGCGAACGGGAGUAGACUGGGUCUGCACAGCGCACGAUACACCGGCACAAUCUCACACUUCCCAAGCUUUGAAUGCACGCCAACGGACUUGGGGAGGCAGACACACGUGCGUCGGGCAAAACGUCCCCUAGCGACGACAAGGGGUGCGCUGCGGGUAGAUAGAGCCAUCUGGCAAGACAGCGAAGGAGCUGGCGCAAGUACUCCAGUGAAACAGGCUAUUGAGAGAGGCAACAGAGCAUGAGGCCCUCAGCUUUCGCCGAUACGCGAGGAAUGCGGGCGCACCUUCCAUG